UAGACACUACCAGGUAUGGGCUCGUUGGGCCAUACCAGGGGAAAAAUUGUAAUUUCCGCGCAUUGACUAAAGAAAUUACCAAGCAGUAAAUUUUUUUUCUCAUUCCAAAAAACCACUCCUAUUCUAUCGGAAAACCUCUUCCCUCUUUCAUCUUCCCUCUUUCUCUCUAGCUCCUUGUGUUUUCCUCUUUGUUCGUCCCUGUUUCUCAUCGAACCGCCUCGACAUCGGAAAAAGUUGUUGAAUUUCCAACAAAAUUCGCUUCUUAAUCUUAUUGUGGAAAAAGCUUGUUGAAUUUUAUACCCAAAUUCGGUGUUUAGGGUUUGUACUAUGUCAGGCGGUGGUCGAAGAGGUCCUCAGAGAGGAGGUGGUCGUAGAGGAGGUGCUAGCAGAGGAGGUGCUCGUAGUGGCGAUGUAGAAGAGGUUGUGAUUGAAACAUCAGCGGGUAAUGAUGCAAGUGACGGGUGUCGCCCUCGUAAAGUGAGUGCGGAUGUGUUUAGGGACAAUUCUCUUAGCGAGGGUGGGAAGAUGAAGGAACUCGGCACAGUAAUUGAAAGAUGCUCUAUGGAAUUGAAAUGGCCUGAAAAUGUUAAUUGCCGUGUAGAGAGUUUUGGUGCAACAAUAAGCAAAUUUGAUGAAGAUAAAUGAAAGUUAGUGAAGGAAAUGAGUUUUGCUGGACUGUAUGCCCUUGUUGACAGGCAGCUUCCACGGGAAUUAUGUUAUUGGCUUGCGACACGGGUGGAUGUGAACUCUAGGUCUAUGGUUACCAUAGAUGGCAAAGAGUUUGGGUUUAGCCCCAUUCAAGUUCAUUGGGUUCUUGGUAUUCCGAUGGGAAAGAAGCCGGUACCCAAGAAAGCCACCGAAAAAAUGAGUUUUAUGCUAGACUGUGUACGCAAUAGGUACAACAAAACUACACCCAGUUUGGUGGAAGGAAUUCCUAGGCAAAGCCUUGUUGAAGCAGUUGAAGGUCCAUUAGAUUUCAAGAUUGCCUUUUUGCUCCUUGCUAUAGUUGAUAUACUGUGUCCUACAACAAGCCAAAGGUUAUGCCCCCCGUUUUUACCUGCAGCGUUUGAAAGUCCUAUGACUGGUGCUCCUUAGUAAUCGACCAGCUUAUGCAUGCUAUAGGAAGCUUUGCCAGGAGGUUCUACCCAAUGGGUUAUUCCAAAAGUUGUGGAGGGUGCACAAUAUUUCUUGCGUUGACAGGUUGCAGAGCCAGAUCUACUCGGAUUUUCUUCGAUAAAGUUAAGCGGUUUUCCGGCCUUCAGAAAACCUUUGGCGCGAGUUGGAUGUUUUUUAGCGGGUUCUGCUUUUACCCCCAUUGCUAUCACUUUUACUUAUUUUAAUUCUUUUUAGCUUUAAAAAAUAUAAAAAAUAAUUUUUUAUUAUCGUAUGGGCUGGGCUUAUCCCAUACCAGGUAGUGAAUAAUACUUACUCAUACUAGUAAGCAAAGAAACAAAAAUAAGUACAGUAAAUAAAACCAAAAAAAUUAAAUAUUCUCUCCAAAUGAAAGCCCAACAAAAAUAAUUCUAAUUGCUUUUAUUUUAUUAUUUUUAUUAUUGAACUUACAAACGAUUUUUUUUUUUUAUUUUUUUUUUUAUUGUCUCUCUUGGAUUUUGCCUUCACACCUUAGUUAAAAAAUUAAAGAUUGAACCUUAGGGUCUUCUUUUUGACUUUGAAUUACUUGAAUAAGAUUAGAAAUA